CAACAACAACAACACGUGAAGAAGAAGCAGAAGAGGAAGAAACAACAGUAACAUAUAUUUCGAUGCAUGAGUUUGUUUAUUUCUAUCUCAUCCAGAUUGUUCCAUGAAAUGUCUUUGUGUAGAAAAAUACAUCCUUCAAUUCAAUGGAAAUUCUGUCAGAAAGUUUUCAGGCAUGGGGAAAGGUUGAAAUCUUCAUUGCCUCUGACAGACAUAAGAGUUUUGGACAUGACAAGAGUUCUUGCAGGUCCUUUCGCAACAAUGGUCCUUGGCGAUCUUGGUGCUGAAAUCAUAAAAAUUGAACGGCCAGGUUCUGGCGACGAUACAAGGGCUUGGGGGCCACCAUUCCAGGGUAAUGAGAGUAUUUACUUUAUGUCAGUCAACAGAAACAAAAAGAGCAUAUGUGUUGACUUUAAGAAAGAAGAAGGCUUGAAGAUAAUCAAAGAUCUUCUUGCCAAGUCUGACGUUCUAAUUGAAAAUUACCUACCUGGUAAACUUGCUACUGUUGGUUUAGAUUACGAUAGUUUGAAAAAGGACUUUCCACGCUUGAUAUACUGCUCCAUAUCUGGCUUUGGACAAGAAGGGCCUUCAAGUAAGAAAGCUGGCUAUGAUCUUGUCGCAUCAGCAAUAGGUGGCCUUAUGCAUAUUACUGGGCCUGAGGGAGGUGACCCUUGUCGAGUUGGUGUUGCCAUAACUGAUAUAACAACUGGUCUGUAUGCUCACGGUGCUAUCAUGGCAGCCGUCAUUGAGCGAUUUCAAACUGGAGAAGGAAAAUAUAUUGAUUGCUCGCUGCUUUCAACUCAGGUAGCUCUCAUUUCUCAUCUUGCUGCUAGCUACCUCAACGCAGGAAUGGACACGGGGAGACUAGGCACUGCGCACCAGAGCAUUGUACCAUACCAGGGCUUUAAAACAAACAAUGGUUACAUGGUUGUUGGCACCGGCAAUAAUCGACAGUUUCAAGAGCUCUGUAAAGUCAUGGGGCUCAAAGAACUUUCAGAUGAUGUAAAGUUUCAAGACAAUUCCGCGAGGGUUAAGAACAGAAAUGAACUUUUAUCAGUACUUCAGACAAGGUUUGAGGAAGAGUCAACUGAACAUUGGCUGGAAAAGUUCGAUUCUUGUACCUUUCCAUUUGGACCAGUUAACUCACUUGAAGCUGUUUUUGAAGAUCGGCAGGUCAGGUAUCUAAAUCUCGUGGAUGAGUUUGUUCACCCAAAUGCAGGAAAUGUCAAAGUCGUUGGACCUGCUGUAGCUUAUAAUGGACAAAGAAAGCUUAGACAAACCAUGCCAUCACCCACCAUUGGAGAGCAUACCAAGCAGUUGCUCAGUGAAAUGCUAGGCUACUCUGGUGACAAAAUCGAAAAUCUACGUCAACUAGGUGCCAUUCAUUUUGAUUGACACAUCACUUGGAAGCAGGUCUCAGGGAAGACUUUAAACAAGUUUCUUUUUAGCGCCUUUAAGCUAUUGUUUGACAAUAAACGUAUAAAACAGAUUUUUAUUUUUGUUUUUGUGUAGAAUUGACUAUAAGUCUACUUUGAUAUUUUUGUAUCAACCAGAAAUUGAACUGCAAAGGUUUAAGUUUGGCAAUGCUUGUUAUUUUUAGAAUUGCCUUCUAAAUACCUUCUAAAUGGUA